CCAACUGCGGGACCUCCCACCCAGGAAGGGAUGGGGGAGACGAGCCGGAGUUCCGGCCGUCCCAGGUGUCGCAGUUUUAGCUUCUCACGAUAUUGAUGAAAAAGUAAGAAGAUGGCGAAGAGAAUGGCCUCGGAAUGCCUAACGGCCUUGUCUCAGAAAUUGUUAACAUUGCAAGAUGUGCUUGUAGACUUCACCCAAGAGGAAUGGAGCCUCUUGGAUCCUGCUGAGAAGGACCUUUUCUGGGAUGUGAUGCUUGAAAACUAUGAGAACUUUGUCUCUCUUGCAUGUUUCCAAAUGUUUCCUCAUGAGCCAGGACUUCCAGAUUCCAAACCACUUCUGAUUUCUCAUUUGGAGAGAAAAGAAGCACCAUGGCUGCCAAUGGAAGAAGUCCUAAAAAGCAUUUAUUUGGAAUUUUUUCCUGAACAUAAUACAUUUGGACUGGGAUACAUCCUCACUACACAACAGAAAAUUCCUGAAAAAAAAUGUAUCCUUGAAUAUGACAACCUUGGGAAGAGCUUCACUCUGUUUUCAGACCUAAGUGAACAGAAUAGAAUCUACUUAGGAGAGACACUGUCUCAGCAUAAGAAAUUCAAGAAGCCCUUCAUUCGCCAUUCAGAAUGUCUGUAUUACCGUAGGACAUAUGCUCAAGGAAAACAAUCUAAACAUGAUGAAGUUAGCAAAGACUUCAGCAUCAAUUCACAGGUUCCUGAACCUCAAAGUAUUUAUAGUGGUGAGGAGAAAGUUUUUGAAUGUAAUGAAAGUGGGAAAACUGACCACAGUAAACAAUACCUAACUGCAUACCAAACAACUCAUACUGGAGAGAAGCCUCAUAAAUGCAAAGAAUGUGACAAAAUCUUUAGUUCCUGGAUAAACCUUUUUCUACAUAAGAAAAUUCAUAGUGGAGAGAAAUCCUUCUUAUAUAAUAAAUGUGGCAAAGCCUUUAAACAGAAGCAACACCUUAAAAUCCAUGAAAUGAUUCAUGCUGGACAGAAGCCUUAUGCAUGUAAUAUGUGUUUGAAAGCCUUCAGUAAUAAAUGCUACUUAGACCAACAUAAAAAAAUCCAUACUAGUGAUAUGCCCUAUAAACGUAAUCAUUGUGGGAAAGCAUUCUUCCAGGAGUCACAUUUUAUUAAACAUAAGUUAAUUCAUACUAAAGAAAGGCCAUUUGGAUGUAAUGGAUGUGGGAAAGCUUUCAGAAGUAAAUACUACCUAAUUCAACAUAAAAAAAUUCAUUCUGGAGUGAAACCUUUCAAAUGUAAUGAAUGUGGGAAGACAUUCAGCAGUAAGAACUACCUAAUACAACAUAAAAAAAUUCAUACUGGAGGGAAACCUUUCAAAUGUAAUGAAUGUGGGAAAGCAUUUAUGAGUAAUAGCUAUGUAAUUCAGCAUCAAACAAUACAUGCUGGAGGCAAGCCUUUUAAAUGUAGUGAAUGUGGGAAAGCUUUCAACAAUAAACAAUACCUAAACAAACAUCAAAAAAUUCAUACCAGAGUGAAACCCUUCAAAUGUAAUGAAUGUGGGAAGUCUUUCAGCAGUAAUAGCUACCUAAUUCGACAUAAAAAAAUUCAUACAGGAGUGAAACCUUUCCAAUGUAAUGAAUGUGGGCAAGGCUUUAUGAGUAAUAGCUAUCUAAUUCAACAUCAGAGAAUCCAUAUGGGUGAAAAACCCUAUAAAUGUAAUGAAUGUAGUAAAACUUUCAUUAGUAAUAUACAACUAUCACAACAUAAAAGAAUCCAUACUGGAGAGAAGCCUCAUAAAUGUAAUGAAUGUGGAAAAGCAUUCAGGCAGAUGGCACAUCUUGAAACACAUAAAAAGAUUCAUACAGGUGAGAAGCCUUAUGAAUGUAAUGAAUGUGGGAAAGCCUUCAUCAGUAAUCAACAGCUAUCACGACAUCAAAGAAUUCAUAAUGGAGGGAAGUCCUAUAAAUGUAAUAACUGUGGAGAAGCCUUUAGUAGUAAUAGCUAUUUAACUCUACAUCCAAGAAUUCAUCCUGGAGAAAACCCCUAUAAAUGUAAUGAAUGUGGGAAAGCAUUCAGUAGUAAUAGCUACUUAACUGUACAUCAAAGAAUCCAUACUGGAGAGAAACCCUAUAAAUGUAAGGAAUGUGGCAAAGCCUUCAGGCAAAGUUCAUCACUUCUGCAACAUCAGAAAAUUCAUACUGGAGAGAAACCCUAUAAUUGUAAUGAAUGUGGGAAAGCUUUCAGUCAAAGUUCAUCCCUUAUGCAACAUCAGGUAAUUCAUACUGGAGAAAAACCCUACAAAUGUAAUGAGUGUGGGAAAGCAUUCAACAAUAACAAAUACUUGUCACGACAUCAAAGAACUCAUACUGGAGAGAAACCCUAUAAAUGUAAUAUAUGUGGGAAAGCCUUCAGUCGUAAUCAAAGGCUCUCAGGACAUCAACGACUCCAUAUUGGAGAAUUGUAAAUGUAAUGAAUGUGGGAAAGCCUUUUGCACCAAUUCUAAGUUUGAAACACACAAAGAGUUCAUUCUGGAGAAAGACCUGUUUAAAUAUAAUGAAUGCAGACGAGGCUUUAGGUUUGAGUCGAGACUCACAUAGUAUGAAUAUGAAGCCAUACUGGGAAGAGAUCUUAAGAAAUAAAAUGAGUGUGUGAAAGCCUGCAGAA